AUGCCAACCUACUCAAGAUUUCUUAAGGAAAUCUUGAGUGGGAAGCGAGAUUGUGACAUAAAGGAGACGGUGAACCUCAUCGAAAAUUGUAGUGCUAUUAUUCUUAACCAAAUGCCACCCAAACUCAAAGACCCGGGUAGUUUUUCUAUCCCUUGUGCUAUUAAGACGCUUGAAAUAAGAAAUACUUUGUGUGAUUUGGGUGCUAGUGUAAGUCUAAUGCCUUAUUCGGUGUAUACCAAGCUUGAAGUUGGUGAUCUUGUCCCAACCAACAUUACAUUGCAACUUGCCGACCGUUCGGUCAAAUACCCUAUUGGCAAGAUUGAGGAUGUACCCUUGAGAGUUGGUGGAUUUGUGAUCCCCGUCAAUUUUAUGGUCCUAGACAUAGAUGAGGACGUGCAUGUCCCUAUUAUUCUUGGUCUCCCAUUUUUGGCCACGGCGGGGGCCAUUAUUGAUGUCAAGCAAGGUAAAAUUACUUUGGAAGUUGGGAAGGAAAGUUUGUUUUUUGACUUGAACAAGGCCAUGAGUUAUCCUAGUUCUACUAAUGAGAAAUGUUUCUUGGUCGACUCUUUUGAUCCCUUAGUGUAUGACAUGCAUGAUCACUUUCUCACUACUAACGAUUCACUUGAGUGUGCUCUUUUGAAUAGAGAAAUCUUAGGUGAUUUAGGGGUUGAAGGAGCCAACUACACGGAACUAUUGGAUUCUACCUCACCUUGUGCUCAAUCGGAGCAAUGCUUGAUUGUGCUUGAUCAAAAUGAAGCUUCGGAUAAUAAUGAAUGCCGAAUUGGUAAGGAAGCUCCUAAGGUAGAGCUAAAACCUCUACCUUCGAGCUUAAGGUACAUCUUUCUCGGUCCAAAUUCUUCUUACCCCGUUAUUAUAAACUCUUCUUUGGACGACGAGCAAGUGCUCAAGCUCACUAAUGUUUUGAAACGUCAUCAAAGGGAUUUGGGCUACACCCCCAACACUUUGCAUUCAUCAUAUCGAGCUUGA